UUUGUAUUAGACUUACUCGGGUAGCAGAGUUGACUGCAAAACUACAUAAUCAAUUUCCUGCUGUUAGAUUUCUUCUGAAUAGGCCUACAACGAGAACCCAUCGCUGUCUAAAUAAGAUCCAGCACAGCAGUACAUUUCAACAGCGGCAAAAUGCGCGCACUGAGAGUAUUUCUCUUUGCGGUCUUCACCGUGUGCAGUGGGGACAUCCCGACUGUAACGAAGCUGGACCUCAAGGCUUACGUAGGUCGAUGGUACCAGCCGUUUCAAAACAGAUGGACAAAGAUUGUCAACGUUGAUUUAGACUCUGUGUGCACCACAGCAGAUUAUAAAAUUAUAAACCAGACGUUCGUCUCGGUGUACAACGCCGGCCGGGAGGGCUGGCCGGAGGGCAAGCGCAGAGACAUCGCUGGUUUCGCCUACAUUCCAGACCCGUCGCAGCCCGGCAGACUGAAGGUGGUGCUGGAUGGAGUCCCCACUGCUGGUGAUUACCUCAUCAUCAAACUUGGUCCCAUCAUCGAUGGUCAGUACCAAUACGCGGUGGUGACCAGCAGCGGUGAUCGCGCCCUCUACGUUCUGGCCAGGAACCCUAUCUCCUUCUUGGACAAGUACGCGGAGGAAGUCUUGAAGUUUCUGGACGACAACGGGUACCGGGGAUUCCUGAAGAAACCCUUACCCCUGCUGCAGGCUACCAACUGCGGCUAUCCAGAAAGCUCUGGAGGCUGGCUGACAUCCUGCGUUUUAUCAGAUACAGAGUAUAAGUUAUACACGGCGAGGAAAAUGGUCAAGAUCUUCUCAGCGGUCGUGGCCUUGUGUCUUGCUGGGACAGGUCUCGGGGCCCCGGCCUACUUUUCGCCUCCGAAGACCGUCAGCGAGCUGGACGUUCAGAGUUAUCUCGGCAGAUGGUAUCAAAUGUUCGCAGAUCUGGUAGUAGUUUCUACAUUUGAGAGGAAUGCUGACUGCGUCACUGCUGACUACGGUCUGAACCCGAACAAUACCAUUUCCGUCUACAAUGCGAACACGGAUGGUAGCCCCACGGGCCCGAGAAAAGCCAUCAAAGGCUACGCCUACGUGCCAAAUAAGAAUGAGCCCGGUCAACUUCUGGUGAAAUUUCCAGUAAACCCGAUCCCUGGCCCAUAUUGGGUGAUCCAGCUCGGUCCAAAAGAGACUACGUGGCGUAAUGCCCAGCCUCAGUACCAGUACUCCAUCGUGAGCGACCCCAUGCGAGCUGGACUCUUCGUGUUGGCCCGAGAUCCCGCGGACUUCCGCUCUCGUUUUCAGGCCGACGUGCUGCAGUGGCUCAAGGUCAAUCAGUUCGACCACUUUUACAACAAGCCGAUUGAGACGGUACAGACAGAGGCUUGCAAGUAUCCUCCAGCCGACGGCAAACCGGAAAAAUGGUAAAAGAAACGGCGAUAGUUCCGUUGUGGAAAACAGUCUACAGCAAAAUUAGUAUGACGAUUGGACUCCAAAUUUUCGGCACUUCAAUUUCUGAUACCUUUUACACCGAGCAAAUUUGAGAUUUUCAAAAAAUGUAAUUUUCAAAUAGUACCCUCUUUUAGAGGGCGCUGCUCGAGCCCCGUGCCAGGAUUUAACUCACGCGAUACUUUGGGAUAAAUUUGUGUUUUUUUGUAAAUUUCUUCAGAACGUGGAAGAGAAAUUAUGUCCGUUUACGAAUCCCAAAUUAUCCGAAUAAAUGGACUAUUACUCUAGUUCAGCAUAUGGUACAUAGCACAUUAUUGUACAUGACACAGACUGUGCUGCAUACUGAAGCACAACUUGAAGACUGUGCAUUAAUUAUCAAACCAGACCAGAUGUCAAUCAUUGAAAUAUUAUACUUGAUACUUUAAUUCAAAGAGCUCAAAGCACAUCAGAACAGAUUUGUCAUCUACUGGCUACAGCACACCAUUCUAUUUUGCCAAUUCCUAAUAAAUAAGAUGUAUAUUUGUAUCGUACAAAACCAACCAGGGAAAUUGUAAGGGACUGGUACUUCCUAGCAUAAAAUACUGUUCAGCAACUUUUCCAUUCUCGCAGGGUACUAAGAUCAUAUCCUGCUUGGAUUUCCUCGCAAGCAAUGUCUGCUCUGUUAGCAAAUACAGGUGUUGUGUUUGCUGACCAUUGUUUUAUGCUAUUAAUCGACAGCUUCACCGAUAGGAUAUGGCACAGAAUCUGCAAAUGACAACUUUGAAAAUAAAUUUAUAAAUGUUGGAAAAAUAAAACUGGAAACAAAGCAGGGACUUCAGUGAGUAGAGCUGAAAUCAAAACAUUCAGCAAUGUCUUGAAAUAGAAUUACAUCGGUACGUAGAAUGACCCUCAAAACAUCAGCAUUAUUCAAGUAAAUAUGAAUAAAGAAAUAUAGUCUUUAAACUA